CAGUCCAAGUGUGAUCCAUACUGGCCAGAUGAAAAUGAGAUGACAUUUGGAGAAAUACGUGUCAGACUGGCUGCUGCACAAGUUUUUGCUGAUUAUAUUAUAAGGCGUCUUCAAUUUUACCUGGUAUGUUAGUUUGAUACACUUGAGUAUUUAUUUCAUUAUGAGAACUACAAUGUUUUACUUUUUUAAUACAUAUUCAGUUAACAAAAUAUAUUUCAAAGGUAAAAACAUAUCAAUAAUUCAAACCCAUAAGUUUUGAACAAGGAAAAUAAAUAAUAUGACCUAGUUAAUCAAACUGCAAGGGAAAUUGUUUGUCUUUGUGUACACAUUUUAAUUAAAUUCUAUUAUCAGAUUUAGCAAAUAUAUGAUCUUAUUGAAUAAAUAAUCCAUGAUUCGAUAAUUUAUUAAACUUAGUUAACUAUUCUAUCCACCGAUCCAGGACUCGCAUCCAAUGCACCCAGUGACACAGUUUCACUUCACAUCCUGGCCAGACAAGGGUGUACCAGAAAACCCCUGGGCUCUAGUGGACUUUGAACAAAGAGUGGCGGCAACUGCCACCAAAAGGCCCAUAGUGGUUCACUGCAGGUUGGCAAAUAUAACUAUUACUUAAUUUCACAUAGCCUUAUGACAUAUCUUCAAUGAAUCUUGAAUUCGGCUGAAAUAUUGAGAGACAAUAAAGAUUUUAUUUUAGGAGGGGAGAAAAUGUUUACUUGUAACAAAAAUAAAAACUACUAAAAAUGUAACAAUAUGUAUUUUGUUUUAAAUGUGACAACAAUAAAAAUGUUAUUGUAAUGAUCUCUUUCAAAAGAUGGUUAAAAAGGUAAAUUUGAUUUUUCAGACCAUCAUUUUAAAUUUAUGUAAAAAUAGUAUAUUCUUCCUAUUUUUGUUCUUCGUCCAGACAUUUUUACUUUAAAUUUUCAAAAAGAAUACUCAAUGCGACAUAAAUUUAACUUGAUCCUUUUUUUUUUCGUCAGUGCCGGUGUGGGCCGUACAGGAACAUUCAUAGCUCUACGUAACGUAAUGAGAGAAGCUGAGGAUACACAACAGAUGGAUUUUUUCACUACUGUGGCCAAACUCAGGCAGGACAGGACGAUGAUGAUACAGACAGCUGUGAGAUUUUUUAGCAUCACUUUUUAUUAG